AAAGGUUGAAAUCUCUAUGAUGGAGAGUAAGACUAGUGAGUAACAGUGUCCUUGCUUGCGACUCCACUCGUGAUAUGCAAAUGCAACACACCUGUCUCCUACUCUAAAGUCUAAACUAAGCUCCAUUUUCACUUUUCAAACUGAAGCUUUUCCCAACACUUCCCAGAGAGAGCGAGAGAAAGAAAGAAAACCCUAAACCCUCUCUCCGGUUAACCUGUAUUUCCAGAAUGGCUAAUCGGAAGCACGUUCUAGUUCUUCACCUCACUCUCUUCCUCUCGUUACUCCUCCACGCGGCCUGCAAAUCCACCAUCGAGCCAUGUUCGAACUCGGACUCAUGCAACGCGCUUCUCGGCUACACGCUCUACACCGACCUCAAAGUCUCGGAGGUAGCGUCGCUCUUCCAAAUCGACCCCAUCGCGCUUCUCACCGCCAACGCCAUCGACAUCUCCUACCCCGACGUCGAGCACCACAUCCUCCCCUCGCGCCUCUUCCUCAAAAUCCCCAUCACCUGCUCCUGCGUCGACGGCAUUCGGAAAUCCGUCUCCACUCACUACAAGACGCGCCCCUCCGACACCCUCGCCUCCAUCGCCGACGCCGUCUACGGCGGCCUCGUCUCCUCCGACCAGCUUCGGGAGGCUAAUUCCAUCGACGACCCUUCCAUCCUUGACGUCGGACAGAACCUCGUUGUGCCUCUUCCUUGUACCUGCUUCAACGGUUCUGAUAACUCUCUCCCCGCGAUUUACCUCUCUUAUGUGGUUCGCCCCGUUGAUACGCUGCCUGCCAUUGCUGCUAGGUAUUUCACCACUCUCACGGAUUUGAUGAAUGUGAAUGCCAUGGGAAGUACUGCUGUUAACGACGGUGAUAUCCUCGCUGUUCCAAUACCCGCUUGUGCUUCGAAUUUCCCGAAAUCGGCCUCUGAUUUUGGCUUGCUUGUGCCUAAUGGAAGCUAUGCCAUUACCGCGGGUCAUUGUGUGCAGUGUAGCUGUGGACCGAGAAACCUUAAUUUGUACUGUAUGCCGGCUUCUCUUGCUGUUUCUUGCUCCAGCAUGCAAUGUAGAGGCAGUAAUCUUAUGCUUGGGAAUGUUACCGUGCAGCAGACUGGUGGGGGUUGCAAUGUUACUUCUUGCAAUUAUAAUGGCAUUGUUAAUGGCUCCAUAGUAACAACGUUGUCCCCUUCUCUUCAGCCUCGAUGUCCAGGUCAUUGCAACUCCUUAUUUAACAUACUUCUAUCACCCCCCACCACCACCAAAAGAAAAUCGGUGUUUGCUCCAGCACCAUCACCAGAGUUUGAUGGAUUUGGUCCAGCAUCACCCAAAUCCUCACUGGUGCCUUCAACAGGGCUUCCAGGGUUCUCUCCUGCAAAUGGUCCCAUUAGCGGUAUCUCUUCUGGUGCUUCUGCCGCAUGCUCCUUGGCCAAACCCUUACCCAUUUUGACAUCUGCACUUGUGUUAUUACUUGUCAAGUUGAUCAUACCUGUUGCAUUGUAAUCUUCUCAAUUUUGUGGUGGGUUUAGUUGGCCUGCUACUUUGUUUGCCUCAGGUGCUCCUGUCAAUUGUAGUAGUUGCUAAUAUUCAUUUGUACUUCUGAACUGAUUUGUGAAUCUGGAAAACUAUGGGAUUUCGGGUUUCAUCACACGCUUAGCCAUUUAUUAUUUGGUGCUUUUGCUGAAUGAUCUUGUUUAUAUAGUGGUAA